GAGCAGGCAGGGCGGUGGCAGCGGCUGGACGCUGGACAUCAUCCGGUCGUACAUCUCGUGGGCUCGCAGCCGGCCGGCCCCGGUCAUGACUCCAGAGGCUGAGCGGGUGCUUGUGGCGUACUACGGGGCCAUGCGACGAGCUGAGGAGCGCAGCGCAGCAAGGUCGACCAUCCGCGCACUGGAGAGCCUGAUCCGCGUGUCGCAGGUACCGCACACACACCAUAGCUUCCGACAAUCACAGUACGUUCCUACUCGCGGCCAGAGUUCUAAACAACAACACAUCUCCAUGCCCACCUUGUCCACCACCCUCAGCUUGCCUUCCACCCUGUCCCGCACCUCCUAACCCCCUAGUAUAUGCCCCCGGGUCCCUGUACAGCCCUUUGCGUUUAACCCC